UAUCUAAUUCGGAAAAAUUAAAAGGGGCAAUAUCGGAAAAAAGUGAAAAACUUUGGAUGCUUCUGCUAGAAAACACGGUUCUGUGAAGAAGAAGAAAAAAAGAAGGCAUUUUGCGACUGCGCGCAGCUUAACUCUGCAAUUCCUUUCCAAGUUGAUCAAGCGACUUCAGGAUUGCCUUGCAUACUUUGGUGUUUGAAGAGCUAAUCUGUCUACCAAAAUGAAGGGACGUGUAAGGUGGGAUGAGGCUAAUAUUGGAGAAAUUGAGGCAAACAAACCUGUGAGGCAGAAAAUUACUGAGCCUAAGACUCCAUAUCAUCCUAUGAUUGAUGAUGACAGUUCUCUAUCCCCUGUACGAGGAAGUUUUGAUGCAUGUAUUGAUGAUCAAAAUCACACGAUGCAUGCUGAAGCAAUAUGGAGUGCUCUGAAUGAUGUAGCCUCCAGUAGCAGAAGAGGCACUGGACAAUCUGGUGGUUGGACGUCAUCUGAGGAUGAGCCAGAAGCAAUGGAGCAAGAUGAUGAUGAUUCUGAAACAGAUAGGAACUUGAGUUUUAAAGAGCACAGAAAGGCCCACUAUGAUGAAUUUCUUAAAGUCAAAGAGCUGCAACAGAGGGGUUCUCUUGAGGAUGAAAGUGACGAAGAUAAUAAUUCUGAACCCAGUAAGGUGGAGAAAUGUGAGUCGUCUUCACUGAGUGAUAGUGUAAAAGAGAUGGACAUCGAGGGAAAGAAGUCUUCAACUCCUCAAGCUAAUGGUUCUUAGACAGUGAUCGAUGAAAUAAAAUCCACUGUCUAGUUUCAUUUUGUGGAUUGAAGAAAACUAAAUGAAUCACUGUUUUUGUAUCAUUUGUAUGUAUGUAGUUCCUUUCUUCAUCAUGAUUAUUAUGAUCCGUUCACACUUUUGUACUCUGGUAAAUUGGUUUGUUUUCGGCAUCUUUGAGGAAUUUGCUUGUGGCUUUUAUAAGGAAUUAAGGUUGGAUGCUUAAAGGGAGGAAAUAUCCCAAACUGAAACUAUAUUUCAUUUCUUAUUUCCUUGUGCUUUUUAUGUGAUUUGUGUUUGAGUAUUA